CCCAUUGUGAGCCCCCCCUCCCAUGCACGCGACCCUUUGAUCUGGGCGCCGCAGCCCCCCCCGCCCGGCUGAUUUACCCCCCCUCCCCCGCGCCCCACAGGAGGGGAGGGAGACAAACACCCCUCGCCUUGUAAAGAGAUAAUUUUUUGGCAGGUGUUAAUUUUUUUUUUGCAUGCUCUGGAUUUGGCUCUUUAAUCCGGCCGGCGACAGCUCGCGCGCGCGCACACACACACACACACACACACACACACACGCACUGCCCGGAGUGGUGGUGGCUGCAGCUCCCAUCCCUCCCUUCUCCUCCUUCCUCCCCCUGCCGCUGCUGCUUCUCCUGCUCUUGCUCCGGAUCGCUCUUCCUCCGUUUUGUUUCUCAAACUGCAGCCAGUGAGGGAUGGCCGGUGUGCAGGAUGCGCGGCUCACUGGAACUGAGCCAUGUGUGACAAGUAACUUAAGAGCUGUAUGUUUUGUACCAGCACCGCAGACGAUGUCCCUGCACUGACGUUGCCCUGAAGACUCCUGCAGCAGCAUUGGAAGGAUUCCCCUGUUGAUUAUAAUUAUUUCAGUUUUUGGUGGUUGGUUGGUUAGUUGCUGCGGCGAGUGGGGUUUGGCUUUUUGGUUUGGUUCUGGUUUUUUUAACACCAUGUCUAAUUCUGGCGCCCCUCAAGACGCUGGUAACAAGCCCAACAUGUUGGACAGAAAUAACCAAGAGGACUCGCAACCCCCUGUCAACUCCGAGAGGAGGAACAAAAGUGGGAUCAUAAGUGAACCUUUGAACAAAAGUCUUAAGAAAUCACGUCCGCUCUCCCACUACUCCACCUUCAGCAGCAGCAGCUUGGUAAGCGAACAUUCAGAGAAAGGAACCUCCAUAGCUAAUGGCAAUGAAGCAACAACUGUGGAUAAAAGUCACUCUACCUCAAAGCACAAAAACAUCUCUAGUAUGCUGAGCAAAUCAGACAGGGCGUCAGAAAUCUCAUCAGAAGGACAGAUCAGCCUACAACAGUUUGCUCAGUCUACAGAUAUGCUCAAAAGAGUGGUACAGGAGCACAUUCCUUUACCAAAUGACCACGGGACUGGUAUCUCUGAUAUGGAAGCGGUCUCAGCUGCAGAGACAAUGAACAGCCCAUCUGAUUUUCCUUACCUGGGGGCUUUUCCCAUAAACCCAGGCCUUUUCAUUAUGACCCCUGCUGGCGUGUUUCUGGCAGAGAGCGCGCUCCAUAUGGCUGGCUUGGCAGAGUACCCGAUGCAGAAUGAAUUGGCAUCUGCCAUCAAUUCUGGGAAAAAGAAACGGAAAAGAUGUGGCAUGUGCCCUCCGUGCCGAAGACGGAUAAACUGCGAGCAGUGCAGCAGUUGUAGGAAUCGCAAAACUGGCCACCAGAUUUGCAAAUUCCGAAAAUGUGAGGAACUCAAAAAGAAGCCGUCUGCAGCGCUGGAGAUUUUCCUCUUUUGUGUGGACUUUUCUUUCUCUUUUUUCCCCCCACCAAAGGCUGCAACUGCUAAAAGGCGUAAGUCUCCCCCGCAGGACAAGUCCAGCUGUAUAGUAACAGAACCCCAAAGACACUGAAAUAAGGUGAUGCUUCCUACAGGAGCUGCAUUCAGAUGGUUUCAGUAGGAAUGAGAAUUCCAAAGCUCUGUCAUCCAAGUGCAAUGUCACUGCUUGCUUGUGUUGUCUCAGGCAAGGAAUUUUUUGGCUGAAAUGAAUGGAUGCACCUGUGUCUCUUUAGAACCAAAAAUAUUUUCUCGCAGAUUUCAUUCCUGUUUUUAUAUAUAUAUUUUUUUUGUGUUUGUUUUAACAUCUUCAAGUCCUAGUAAAACAUUUAACUGCUUUUCAAAUAAUAAUAAUAAAAAAAUGGAUCUGUAAAGUACCAAGACUUAAUAGACAGAGUAUGGACAAUCAGUUUCUUUCUGUGUUUUGGUGUUGAUGUUGUUUAUGUGUGGAAGAUGCAGUUCUUGUGUAGAGAAUGUAAAUUUACAGUAACCUUUUAAAAUCUAGUUACUAAUAAGCACUACUGUAAUUUAGCACAGUUGUUUAAUUACACCCUCAUUUAUACUUUUUAUUUGAUUAUUUCCCAUCAUAAAAUAGAGUGGAUAGUUUCUAGAAUGCCUCAACUUCAUGUUUAUAAAUGAGAAUAUGUUUAAAACGAUGUAGUAUCCCUUUUCCUAACCAUUCACAUAUGUAAGUUUAACCAGCAAGAAGCUUGGUAUUAAAGAUGAAAGAAAAAUUGCUGCAAAAUGGGCAGUCUUGGAAAAAAAAUCAUUGUUAGUUUAUUAAUAUAGAACAAGAAAUACUGCAUACAGGGAAAACAAGAUCCUAAUUGCAAUGGUUUACUUAUAGAAAUCAUUUUUAUAAACUUACUGAAGUUAAAAGAAAAAUAAAAAAAAUUGCAGGACCUGUGCUGAAGCAGUUCUGAAAGCUAAUAUUUCUCUUAUGUUCAAAUCCCCGUUUCUCCAGCUCUCUCUACAUCAGUAAAUUGAAAUGCUGUUUGUAAUGUUUUAGCGAUCCAGGCUGUUUUGUGAAUAAAAUGAAUGCAUGUUUUGUGUCAUGAUUUACAUCUCGUUUUUUUCUGUCCAUUUCUGUUGCACGCAGUUGUGGAAAAAAAAAAAAGCAUAAAAAAAUGUCCCUUUUGAAUAUGUCACUUCUUGUGUCAUGGCAUUUUCCUAAGUUUGCCUUUCUUGGCAUUCAGGGUUUGGGGUGUAUUUUUUAGUUUUUUUUGUUUUGCUUUUGUUUUUUAUCAGCAGAUUAAAAAAUAAAUGAGUGAAUUGUAAAUGUUUGCCAGUGCAAAUGGAGCAAUCAAUCAUUUUUUCCCUAAGGUUGCAUAUGUUACAUUUUUAACUGGUUAGCUGAAUAGCACAUGUUCUGCAAAAUACAUACUGUGUUAAAUCUGGGUUUGUUACAAUAUACUUAGGAGUCUAAACUAAACUGUGCUAGGCUUGAUCACUAGAAUUUUCAUUACAGGUAGCAUGUGGACAACCAAACUACAGACUCCUUGGAAACUGACGUAGGGUUGUUGGUAGUGGUGAGUUUGUUGGGGAAUUGCCAACUUGUAUCAGGCGAUGGAAUCGGCACUACAGUCCCUUGUGUAAAUUGAGGCCAAAUCUGAUUGGAAGUGAUGGGUGUUAUUUUCAGAAGCAUUCAGUGUUUGCCUAGAAUUCGCCUCCCACUAGGUAACCAUUGGCCACGAUGGGAGUAGAGAUGUGUCAACACUGAGUGUGUUGACAGCCCCAUCUUCAUGGACAUAUUGUAACAUGUGAAUGGUGCAUUUCUGAAAGAGGAAAUGGUGUCCAACCCAUGAGCUUUCUUGUUUUUGCCUUUGGCCCUUUCCCACCCUGCUUGGGUCCAAAGCAACACGAGGAGCAGGACUAUAACGCUGUUUCUUGGAUCCCUUAUCACAGAUCUGCAGACUUGGCAAUGUAUGCUGGGGACCUGAUCCAGCUCCCAGUGAAGUCAAUGGGAAGGCGGUCCUUGACUCCACUGGGAGUGAGAUCUGGCCAUAGCAGUAUUGUGCCGAUAUUUUUUUUCUUUCUUCCUUCCUAACAAACAGCUGCACCAAGGUCUCUCCUCCUUGCCAUUGCAGUUUGCGAGCUCCAGACAUUCACAGCUAUUUGCUGCAGGAGCAGUUCCCAACCCAGCCCACCCAUAAGUACUCAGGCAUUUCCAAUGGUGCCCAACAGAUGAGGGUCCCGAGCCCCUGAAGCCAUGGCAGGAAACAUAAUAGGCUACAAGUCUGAAUGCCACCACUUGUUCAAUCGUAUGAGUCGUUUGGUUAAAAACGAUCUCCCUUACUGGGAAUAUUUGAGCAGCUAGACCUGCCUAGAGUUUUACCAUAUAGUACAUGCCAUUUGUUUUUGUAAAACAAUGCAAUCAUGCUACAGAUAACUGUAUUUAGACUGGUUCUGUCAAGACAAGGAUAAAAUGGAUGCUUAGAAACAGGAACUCUUUUUUAGUGAGUAAGUUUAGAUAGUUGAAUGUUCAAUAAAACAAAUUUACUCUG